GAUACAUACAAACAUACAUACAUACUUUGUUUAUCUUAAGGAAAUUCAAGAAACUUUAAUAUGAACGUCCUGCGCAGAGUUGGCCAAAUAUUCAGGGGUGCAGCCAGCCUCAACCAACCUGUAAACCAGGUAGCUGCUUCGAGGCAAAGGCACUCGCUGCCUGACCUGGCCUACGACUAUGGCGCCCUGGAACCCCACAUCAGUGCAGAGACCAUGCAACUGCACUACGACAGGCACCAUGCCGCAUACGUCAAGAACCUCAACGUUGCAGAGGAGAAAUAUCUCGAGGCAUUAAGACAGGGAAAUGUGAGGAAACAGGUUGCCCUCCAUGCUGCUCUGAAGUUUAAUGGAGGAGGCCACAUUAACCACUCCAUUUUCUGGACAAACCUCUCUCCAUACGGUGGAGGCGAGCCACAGGGGAAGCUGAUGAAGGCCAUCAAACGUGACUUUGGCUCCUUCCAGAAGAUGAAGGAGAGGAUGUCUGCGGCCUCAGUGGGAGUGCAAGGCUCGGGCUGGGGCUGGCUGGGCUUCGACAAGGAGAGCGAAACACUUCGUAUAGCUACUUGUGCUAACGAGGAUCAUCUGCAGGGAACUACAGGUCUCAUUCCCCUCCUUGGUAUUGAUGUGUGGGAGCAUGCUUACUACCGUCAGUACAGAAAUAGGCGUCCGAUCUAUGUUAAAGAGAUCUGGAAUGUCAUUGACUGGGAGAAUGUGAGCGAGCGUCUCAAGACUGCCAACAUGGAUGGAGUAAAGCAGCGUUGCCAAUGAUCCAUCAAAGGGCAAGUGUGAUUGCAGGUCUGGCACCCCGUGAAAACUUUAAAGCUCUUCCAUCAACACGAUUAUAA